AUGGCAGCAUCGAAUGAUGUUUUGGACGACAUGCUAGCCGAAGCUGCACUUCUUUCAGAGCCAGACCCUGACUCGGCGCAGCCGAGAACAUCAGGGGAACUCACAGAAAUUGAGCAACCGAGAGCAAAACGGGCCCGUACGUCGGGAAAAACGGGGAAAGCUGGCGCUGCCAGUGUAAUAAAACCCGUUCACGCCAUCAGCAGUGAUGUUGUCACCGAGGCUGAAAAUGGCGCCAAAGUCACUCUAGAGGAGCUCGGUCAUAAAGUUACUCAACUCGCUGAGAUAAUCAACUCCUUUGCUCCAGUAGUGAAAGAACUCAAAGGUGCUUAUGAUACUGCGCAACAACAGGACGGCGCUAGUGUUUCUGAAGGGGAAAUCGAGGAUGACCUUCUGAAUGACGAAGCAACUGACUCGCUCCCUGCCAGCCAAAACGGUGCGCUGGUAGACGACCUUGUCCACGAAGUGACUGAAAGUGAACCUACAGACCACGCAUUACCGGAAAAAAUUUCCACCAUCCUUAACAAUAUUUUAGCUUCGGGACUGAACGAGCAGGCAUUAGCCAAACGGAAAGAAAGUGUGAAAAGACCAGAAAACUGCAACCUCUUACGUGUUACUAAAGUGAACCCCGAGAUUUGGGACAUCGCAAGGAAACCAACGCGUAGCAUGGAUGCCAGGCUGCAAAAAUUGCAAGAGGCCUUAAUAAAAGGCCUCAUUCCAAUAUCCCGAUUUGCUGGGAUAGUUGGUGAAUCUUUGGGUAAAGACCCUAAAGUACCUGUGCUACCUCCAGAGGAACUCUGGGAAGGGUUGUCAACCUCUGUCCUCCUUAUUGCAUCAGCCAAUCAUGAUUUGAACAUGUGUCGUAGAGACUUGUUCAAAGCAGACCUUGAUGAAAAUUACAAGGCAAUCUGCAGCAGCAAAGAACCUGUUGCAGCCGAGUUGUUCGGUGAUGAUUUGACUGAACGGCUAAAGACGGUGAAAGAAAGUAAAAAGGCUGCCCAGCAGUUGACAAGCCAGAAGCGGAAACACACAUUUGCUCCUCGCCCAGGCACCUCAAAUACCUCCAAUGCUCAUUUUUUAUUCCAACGACGGGGCGGCCAGUCUCAGGGCCGACCCCGGGGAAAAUUUCAGCACCGGAGACGAACAGACACAUUCAGGACAGGGGGAAAUCUGUGACACAGAAAUAAACCCCACCAAUCAAAGUGUAAGUACUAAUUAUUAUAGUAAGCAAAAUUUGCCCAGUUCUCUACCUCAGACAAAGGGGGGCUGUUCAGUUGCAGGCCGCAUACAACAUUUCGUAGAGAAAUGGAAAGAGCUUACUAGUGAUCCUGUAAUUCUCUCUGCUGUUACUGGGUACCUGAUAGAGUUUAUGGUCAACCCGGUACAGCUUGUAAUACCUAAACCUAUUAAAAUGAGCACACAAGAGACCGAACAGGUUGAUUCGCAAAUACACAAAUUCCUAAAAAAGGGCUUUAUCAUUGAAAGCUCUCAUGAACAGGGGGAAUUCAUAUCUAAUAUCUUUCUUCGACCAAAGAAAGAUGGGUUGUUUUGA